CCCUCCCCUGCCUUUACUCACAGCGCGUCGUCUUUCCCCAAAGCCGAACACAGAGCUCCGUCGACGGCUGUGACAGACUGCCGGCCGAGAUCAAACGCCAGUCAUGGCGGCGCCCUUAGCCCAUUUCGACGAGGACUGGCAGGACUUUAACGAAUUCCAGCCUUCGUCGGACUCCAACGAACAGCUGGACCAGCUGAAUUCAAAUGUCGGCGACCCGUCGGGCCUCGACGAUUUCUCGGACUUUGACAACAGUUUCUCCGGAGAGAUCUGCAGCUUCAAGUCGAUGGAGGACCUCGUUCAUGACUUCGACGAAAAGCUCACAGUUUGCUUCCGAAACUAUAACACCACGACGGAAAACAUAGCUCCUGUCAAACCUAUCACAGAGGACAAUUUCUUGAAAGACGACGAGGUGUGGAACGCUCUGACCAACAACUACGGUCACGUGAUGCCCGUGGACUGGAAGACGUCCUACACUCGCACCCUACACCUUCCGUCGCUCAAGCUCACGGAGAACGAGAAGUUGGAUAAUCAGUCGUUGGAUUUGUCGGAUGAUGACGAGGAACUGCGGGAACAACUGGACAUGCACUCCAUCAUUGUCUCCUGCAUCAACGAUGAGCCGCUCUUAACCGCAGACCAGGUGAUAGAGGAGAUAGAAGAGAUGAUGCAGGAAUCUCCAGACCCAGACGACGACGAGAGCCCCUCCCAGUCCGACCUGUCCAUGCUCUCUCAGGACCUGCAGGGUCUGAGGCGGUCCGGCUCCAGCACGAGCGACGAGGAACGGCUGCGGCAGAUGUCCGUGUCGGAGCUCUCCCAGACUCUGGAGGAGGUGGAGAUGGCCAUUCGCCGCUACAGCGAGGAGCUGAUCCAGGCUCUGGCUCUGCGAGACGAGCUGGACUUUGAGAAGGAGGUGAAAAACAGCUUCAUUUCGCUGCUGAUUGACGUGCAGAACAGGCAGAAGGAGCACCGCGAGCUGCUGCGGAAAAAGAAGAAAAUCAAAAGUGCACCAGUGACGGGGCCCAACGGUCAGAGAGCAGCCAGCACGCACGUUCCCGGCACGCUCCUCACUCUGGAGGGACUCUCCAGUGUCAUUCAAAACAGCCUCCGUCAAACUUUUGGCCACACAGGAGGGGACAAACAGUACCUGACAACUGUAAUCCCUUAUGAGAAGAAAGCUGGCUCCCCUUGUGUAGAAGACCUUCAGAUCCUCACAAAAAUCCUCCAUGCCAUGAGGGACGACAGUGACAAAGUACCUGCUCUGCUAACAGACUACAUCCUCAAAGGUAAACAUUCACACUUUUGCUAAAAUCAGCAUCUGUUAUUAUUUACCCCCAGAACUGUUUAUGAAUCAGAAAAUCUCAAAGAAUUAGAUUGUUUUUAGUUUUUUUCCCCAAAAGGGUGAGUCUGGACUCUUUUGUUAACGUGUGCCUCCCUUGUCUUUCACCUGUGCUGCACUGUCCUUUGGGUAGCUCUGGUAUGAGAGCAGUGGAACCUGGAGGUUUGUGAGAUUAACACGGAUCCUUCACCUUCAGCUCUACACCCCCCUGCUCUUCUCUUCCUCCCCCCUCUCCGCUCUAGUGCCGCAUUCAAAACGUGCUUAGAAGUCGCCGCCACUCCCCCUGCUGUUUGUAGCAGCUACCGACGUGUUGCUUCCCUGUAGCUCCUCCUCACUCUAUCCGUCUUUUAGUCGCUCUUUUCCGAACUCCACGGAUCCUCAAAGCUCCGAUUAUCUCCAACCGCGGUGUUUUUGUCUCCACAGUUCUCUGUCCGACGUAGAAGUCCAGUAGAGUCGUCCAUCCUGAAGAGGAUGAUUCCUCCCCAGACUCCUCCUCCUCCUCCUCAUAGACUGUUUUUCUUGAGCAGUUUGUACUCUGCCAUCUUUUAUUCUUAAUUAUUUUUCUUAAUGCUUGGCUGCAGGGUGACUUGCCAAUAAUCAGUGUUAGUCCAGACACCUUCCUUCCUGAUUUCCGGUGCUUUUUUUGUGUGAAGGAUCAGGGGAACGGCGAGGUGUUUUCCUUUUCCAACCAGGGAGAUGUCGUCCAGUCUCUGUUUUCUUCAAGUCAUUUGAUUUUCUAUUUUUAACAUUUUUUUUAUUUUUUAUUUUUUAAUGUUUUCUGAAUCUCAAAGCGGCGUGGCAUUAUUUCAGAUUUUCUCUCAUGAAAUCCUGCUUGAUUGCACAUUUGUCAGUCUGGAAUCUUUCACGUAAGGAACUUUAACGGAACUUUAACGGAAUUUUGACUUUCUAUUCUGUUUUUAGUUUAGUCGAUUUUGGUUUUGAAAAUGAAAUAUUUUCUACUCGAUUGGGAGAAAUUGCACAGCUGUGAAUUCUUUUUUUUUUUUUUUUUUAAAGGGACAGAACAGAGAGCAUAUUUUUUAAAAAAGAAAAGAGUUUAUAGAAAGUUAAGAAACUUUGUAGGUAUUUUGUAAUUGCUGUUUGUAGACCUCGCGUAGUCACCCCAACAUCUCUCUUUUUAGUCGUAGUAGCCAAACGUUUGUUGUUGACUUAAUGAAGUAGUUUAGGUUUGGAUUAAAAGCUCGAUUAUCGGUUUUAGAUUGUAGUGGUUUUAAACUCAUGGUAGCACUUUACUCUGUGGACGAUCUGGUUUGGUGGAAAGCUUUUAGGAGCCUGCGGUGAAUCAUGCGGCGGUUUCCCUCAUUAGUGGAAGUGGCUGGGAGCAUUUGCUCCACCAUAAAGGGGCACUCCACCUGCUUUACGUGUGCGGUGGGUUUUAGGUUUUACCAGACAGUAAAUAAAACAGUUCAAUAUAAAUGAUGCUUUUUAUAUCUAAGGUUUUUUCUAAGUUUGUUUUUUCACAAAUAUUAUUAAUGUAUGUCCUCCAUCAUCAGGACAAACAUGUAAUCUUCUUUUUUUAGGCUAAUUUCUUGCAUUCAGACUUCCUUUUUGUGUGUUUGCAGCAAUUUAUCUAUUUUUUCUGAUUUAUCCACCACUCGAUAUAUACAUUUAAGCCAAAUCUAAACUUUUUUUUUUCAACUUAGACUGUCUUGUCUUUAAAAAUGUUGUUAACGUCUGGAGUGUCCCUUUAUGAGCGUGUACCUCCACACAGUCACCGCCUGCUUCAGGUGUCAUCAGGUCCGAUGUAGCUCUCAGGUACAGACAUCCUUGUAGAAACCUUUCAUCAUUACCAUAACCACAAUUAUAAAAAUAGUCAUUUUUUUGAAAUGUGUUUUAUUGUUGUAGCUCUCAGUUGGACGGCUGCAGCAUCUUCUCAACAAAGGGAACUAAGAUUGAAAUCAUUUUUUUAAGUAGUUCUAACAGUCGUGGAUGUUGGGGUGGGGUGUUCACAUAUCGGAGGUCCAUUUAUUGUUUCCAAAUAAAACCUGACGGCUCACAGUGCUAUUUUUAACUAUUUAUGUGUAGUUCUUAAAAGCUGUCGCCAGCUAUGAAAACAUUUACAACCCUGCAUGGGCUGCAUGCACUUUACUGCUGCCAGCGCGUUUCCGACGAGUCUUGAUUUUGUUUGUUUACAGACAUCUUUUAUUACACUAAAGAAAGAGGGCAGCAUCGUUUGGUUCCAAUCGGAUGAUCAAUCUAUAGCAAUACUGCUUUGUUUUUUUGUUUUUUUAAUCGGCAGCAGCGAGGAUCUGAGCAAACAUAUCAGUGCGACUCAAAUGACAGAUUUAUAUUUAUACGUCUUUGAAACAAACAAAAGAAGAGGCUGCCUUUCUAAAUGUUCACGAACUCUUAAUGCAAAAGUAAUCCCUCAGUCUGAGGGUUUAUGUUUACUCUUUCAUGUGCAGUAUAUUAAUUUAUUAUGUUUUGUAACCAUGGCUGUAAAAGUGUUUUACAUUGCGACUCAUUUCAAAUAAAAAUAGUACAGAUA